GCGGGGCGCUGAGGAGGGAGCGAGAGGCAAGAUGGCGGCGCUGAGGCGCUGUUGGUGGAUGGCGCGGGGCGGUCGGGUCAGCAGUUGGUGUUCUGCUUCGUCGCACAGAGGACGAGCGCCGCUCGGCCCCCCGCCGGCCCCUGUCUGCGCGCUGGGCCGCUCGCUGCGGUGGGCAUCGUCCUCCUCCCAGCCGGGCCCGACGGAGAGCGACUCCAACGAGGGACAGGUCUACCUCAGCGAGAGCUGCGUGAAGAGGCUGCUGGAGAUUGCAGAAGGAUCAGAGUUUCUCAGGCUGCAGGUGGAAGGAGGUGGUUGCUCGGGGUUCCAGUACAAGUUUUCUUUGGACACGGUUAUAAAUCCUGAUGACAGGGUUUUUGAACAAGGCGGUGCUCGUGUAGUUGUGGAUGUGGACAGCCUGGCCUUUGUGAAAGGUUCCAUGGUAGACUUCAGCCAGGAGCUGAUUCGCAGCUCAUUCCAGGUGGUGAGCAAUCCUCAGGCAGAGAAGGGAUGCUCCUGUGGGACUUCCUUUUCUGUCAAAUUCUGAUUGGACUUCUUAUGGAUGAUUGCUGGCUGCAGAUGUUCCCUGGCAGUCUUCAGAGGGUUUUGUUUGAUCUUUUCCCUGUUGAUCCUUCUCAUCUAUUCCUAACCCUGUAACACAGCAGUUACAGAUGACACCAGCUGUAUGUGUCUGAACUGAGCCUGUUUCCAAGACUUUUUGGCCUUCCUCUCAGAAAUAUGAAGUAGCCAUAAUCACGCAAACAGAAGCAUCUUCAGUGCUUUGUGAAUCACCUGCUCAGUGGCGCAGACUCACCCUGCCUUCUCCAGAAUGUGGAACCGUUUGUCUCUACAAGAGAUGGCUGUAUAUAUGUGUGUGUUUAUUGAGAGUUCUUACUAAAAAAAAAAAAACAUAUGUAUUUGAGGUUGUUUGGUAUUACUCAUGCAUUUCUGGUGGGUGGAAUCUGGGUUCAUUCCAGCUAGGACUGUUUACCAAUUUUUUUUCAUCUGAAUUGGAUUUAUACCUACCAGUGUUGCUGGCUGUUCAAUGUUCUGUGGGCUUUUUUGGACACUUAGCUUUUUCAAGCUGGUCUCAGUCCCAGGAGCCCAUAGUAGUUUUGCUCUCAGUCCCUGGGAUGAAAGUUUUGACAUGUUCAAAGUAAGUGAAGCUCAAAGACUGAGGUAGGAGGAAUUAAUAGCUAUUUGUUUUAUUUUAGAAAAAAAAAAAAAAGUGGUGUGUGCAUAUGUAUAUAAAUAAAAUACACAGCCUUCUA